GUCUUUACACCAGAUCCAAUCAAAGAAUUCAAAGGACAUACGAGUGAUAUUUUGGAUCUCAGUUGGAGCAAAGGCGGUUUCUUGCUUAGUGCAAGUAUGGACAAAACAGCUCGUGUUUGGCAUCUAUCUUGGCCUAACAAUUUGGUUGCUUUUGUUCAUGGAGAUUUCGUAACGAGUGCAGUCUUUCAUCCACGUGAUGAUCGGUUCUUUUUGAGUGGUUCUUUGGAUGGUAAAUUGCGUUUGUGGAAUAUAUCGACAAAGAAAGUUCAAGCAAGUCAAGAAGUGCCAGGAUUGAUUACAGCUUGUGCAUUUACACAUUCGGGCAAUACUGCGUGUGUGGGAACCUUUUCUGGUGCUGCUUUAUUUUAUCAAACUGAUGGGCUCGUCUUUUCGUCUUCUGUUGCCGUUCGCUCUGCAUCUGGAAAGCAUCAAAAAGGCGGUAGAAAGAUUACUGCAAUC